AUGGAGGAACAACGUGAAAUACUGGAACAAUUGAAGAAAACUCUACAAAUGCUAACUGUUGAGCCAUCCAAGAAUGAUCAAACUGUCCACAAGAAGAGUGAUAAGGGAAAAUUCGAAAAUUCAGGAUAUAUCCUCGAGCACAAUUACGAGGACAUUGCGCAGGAGUUCAUUGAAUUCAUUUACGGCAACCCUACCACUUACCAUGUAAUAUCAUUCUUCGCCAAACUGUUAGAUAAGCAUGGCUUCAAAUACCUGAGCGAGAAAUCCAAUUGGAAUGAUUCCAUUGGCGAAGAUGGCGGGAAAUUCUACACCAUCAGAAACGGUACUAACCUCUCCGCCUUUAUCCUGGGCAAGAACUGGAAAGCUAACAAGGGUGUUGGUGUCGUUGGAUCUCAUGUCGACGCUUUGACCGUCAAGUUAAAGCCAGUCUCCUUCAAGGACACAUCUGAAGGCUACGGCAGGAUUGCCGUCGCGCCAUACGGAGGUACUUUAAAUGAACUGUGGUUAGACAGAGACCUGGGUAUUGGUGGUCGUCUUCUUUACAAAGCGAAGGACACAAACAAAAUCAAAAGCGCUCUGAUUGAUUCUACUCCCUUCCCCAUUUGUAGAAUCCCUUCAUUAGCUCCUCAUUUCGGUAAACCGGCCGAAGGCCCGUUUGAUAAAGAGGACCAAACCAUCCCAGUCAUCGGCUUUCCGGCUCCAGAUGAGGAAGGCAAUGAAUCACCUACGGAUGAUGAACGGAAAUCGCCCUUAUUCGGCAAGCAUUCCAUUCAUCUUUUAAGGUACAUCGCUGGAUUAGCUGGUGUGGAGGUAUCCGAACUGAUUCAAAUGGACUUGGACUUAUUCGAUGUUCAAAAAGGUACCAUUGGUGGUAUUGGUAGGCAUUUCCUUUUCGCGCCACGUCUGGAUGACAGAUUGUGCAGUUUCGCGGCAAUGAUUGCCUUGAUUUGCUAUGCUAAAAAUGUCAACGUCGAAGACUCGGAUUUGUUCUCCGCUGUCACUUUGUAUGAUAACGAAGAAAUCGGUUCGUUGACAAGACAAGGCGCAAAGGGUGGUCUGCUGGAGUCCGUUGUGGAGCGCAGUUCUUUUGCCUUCAGCAAAAAGCCAGUCGACUUACACACGAUUUGGGCUAAUUCCAUCAUUCUAUCCGCCGACGUCAACCACUUGUAUAACCCAAACUUCCCAGAAGUCUACUUGAAGAACCAUUCUCCAGUGCCCAACGUCGGAAUCACUCUGUCGCUGGAUCCAAAUGGCCACAUGGCCACGGAUGUCGUGGGCACUGCCCUGGUGGAGGAACUGGCACGCCGCAAUGGGGACAAAGUGCAGUACUUUCAAAUCAAAAACAAUUCAAGAUCAGGCGGUACCAUUGGCCCAUCCUUGGCUUCUCAAACCGGUGCCCGUACCAUAGACUUGGGUAUCGCGCAAUUGUCCAUGCACAGUAUCAGGGCAGCUACAGGGUCCAAGGAUGUAGGAUUAGGUGUCAAGUUCUUCAGCGGCUUCUUCAAGAAUUGGAGAUCCGUCUACGAUGAAUUUGGAGAAUUGUGA